AUGGAUACAGAUCGGAGAAAACUUGCAUUUGAAGAGGUUAUAACUCGUCUCCGUUUAUUGAGAAGCCAGUUGCUUGAAAAAAAGGAUUCUAACAUAAAACAUCAUGAAGAGUCAUGUGAUUUUUCUAAAAAACAAGAAGAUAGAAAAAAUGAGCUGCAAAUGGUUUCAGAAGGUUUUCCCAUUCCUAGUACUGCUGCUUUGGCAGAUGAGAAUACCAGUUGUAAUGAUGAUGACGUUAAUGGAUCUUUUUUUUCUUUGCUGAAGGUCGGUAGUUCGAGUGGAUCUGAGUUAGAAGUUAAUGAGAUGUGUCAAUCUUCUUUUGAGCUUGUUUGUCAAAAUGGUUCUGUUAUAAUUUCACAUACGGAUGAACUCUUGGGAAUAGGUGCAUAUUCGAAGGUAUACCAUGGUUCUAUUUGUUUUGUAACCCAGAGUGAAGAAAAACGUGAUGUGGCAGUGAAAGUAAUUCCUCUUAAACUCUAUCACCUUAAUGAGAUUGAUCGAUGGAUUCGUGUUCUUUCUUUUCAAGAAAGUAUCGUUCAUCCUUCUUUCAUUAGUUCCUAUUAUGCAGGGAUGCCCGAAUUAGAAAAUGAAGAGAAAUAUGUAAAAAUAUAUAUUGCUCUUGAAAAGGCUACUGGUGGAACUUUGGAUGGGUUUUUAAAGAAAAAUGAAAAAUUAAGUGAAGAUAUUAUUCGAAAUAUUCUUUCAGAUGUUUUGUGUGGAUUAUGUUACUUACAUAAUACCAUAGUUGCCGUUCAUAAUGAUGUAAAACCACAAAACAUACUUCUUGUAAUGGAUAAAGAAAGUAACCGUGUUCACUACAAAUUGGCAGACUUUGACGCUGUAUUUCCCGCCUUAUCUAAUCAAACCCUAACAGAUCCAGAAGCAUCCCUUUCAUAUAAAGAGAACAAAACUAUGAGUGAUGGAAAUUUCUGUGGUACUGCAAUAUAUAUGUCUCCAGAAAGUUGUAAAGGAAUACCUUAUCUCCCAUCUAAUGAUGUGUGGUCAAUAGGUAUCAUGACAUAUCAACUGUCAACAGGAAGAUUACCGUGGAGGCAAUUAGAGUUACAAGUGCCAUCAAUGAUUUUACACGGCUACCGUGAAGAUACAUCAAAUGCUUUUGGUCCGACAUUAGAUGAGUUUGAGGGAGAAACUGCUCAUUUUUACUCUGAUGAAUUAAAGGAUAUGGUAAAAGCCUGUCUUGCUAAGAAUGUAAAUGAGCGGCCUACUGUUGAAGCACUUUUACAGUAUCCUUUUUUUUCUUACCAACAGGAUAAUUCUUAA